UCUCCGCAGUUUCCGUCUUUGACUCCAGAGAUGGAAGACGGAGAAUAUAGUAGCUGGUCAGAGCUUCCGACUGAACUAACGUCAUCCAUCUUGCAAAGGCUCGGCGCGAUUGAAGUAUUGGAAAACGCUCAGAAAGUGUGUACGUCAUGGCGUCGCGUCUCUAAAGACCCUGCUAUGUGGCGGAAGAUUGUCAUGCAUAACGUAGAAGACUUGGGGUACAACCUCGACAUCAUGUACCGUCACGCAGUUGAUCGUAGCCAGGGAGGCUUGGUUGAGAUUGAAAUUUGGGAUUUCGGCACUGACUCUCUAGUCAACUACAUCGCUUAUAGUUCAGGAAAUCUGAGAAGCCUUAAACUUGUAAAAUGCUAUCUAGUAACGGACGAGGGACUUACCGAAGCACUUGUGAAGCUUCCAUUGUUUGAAGAACUCGAGGUUUCAUACGGCUCAUUGUCAGGAGAAUCUCUGAAAUCUGUAGCCCAGUCUUGUCCUAAUCUGAAGACAUUGAAGCUAAACCACAAGGGAAUUAAGUUUUUAUAUCCUAGACUCAUUAGUGACGAUGAUGCUCUAGCUAUCGCUGCAACAAUGAAUGGACUUCGUCACCUCCAGCUUUUUGGAAACAAUUUAACAGACGACGGUUUAAAUGCCAUUCUUGAUAAUUGUCCUAACCUGGAACAUCUUGAUUUACUUCAGUGUUUUAACGUUAACAUUGUGGGCGAUCUGGAGAACAGGUGUUCCGAGAGUAUCAAAGUUUUGAGACGAUCUAAUGACUCUAUUCAUGAUUACCCAUAUGAUGCAUCGGUUAUCGAAAUGUAUUCGUUUGAGUAUGAAUUCCCUGAUGAUGUCGACCAGCCAGAUGUUGAAAUCCUUGACUUUCCAGAAUUUGACCUUACUGACGACUUGCAGUCCUUUCUUUACAGUGGCCUGUAUGAUGAACGAUAA